AUGGGAGUUUGUAUUAGUAAAAUUACAGGGCCUCAACCUGAAAUUACCAUGGAUCCCAUGCCUAUAGUUUAACCUCAAAAGGGAAUUCACUCGAUGAGCAGUUUGCCAGCUGAAGUAUGUCAAAUGCAAAUAUAUCAAUAAAGCCAAGAAGAGGGGACAAGAAACGUUAGGCUAAAAUAGAAGUGCUGGAAGAAUAGAUACAUGAGAAUGUUGCAAAAUAGCCGAAAGAAAAAUCUCCUUUUGAUUUUCAGAUGAUUUUGAAUGCUUUUGGAAACCAUUUUAUGUUUGCUCAACUUGAUAAUGACGAUAAGUAAAGAUAAGCACUAUGAUUAGAGCUAAAUUAAUUGAUGAUAUGUAUUACGUUACGGCCAAGAAUACAGAUUACAUUUUUAAAUAGGGGGACAAAGCAACAUUAUUUUUUAUAAUUGGUAGAACUUCAUGAUUAAUAAGUAAGAAAGAGGAGAUUGUAAAAUUAUCCUAAAUGAUGAAGUAAAGAGAGUGUUGAAAACUCCGGCGUUUUUUGGAGAAUUGGCUUUAAUGUAUCAUGCGCCAAGAUCUGCUUCAGUAUAGGCAAUAGGAGAUUGUGGAUUUUGGGUAUUGGAAAGGAAGAAAUUUAGAAAAGCAGUUGAGGACAUUCAACAAAAGGCUUACGAGACAAACAGAAAGUUCUUGGAUUAGGUUAAAUUUUUUGGUAUUGUGUUGUGUAUUUAAUGGCUAGACUUCAUGACUGAGGAAUAAAGAGACAGCAUAGCAAAUGUGUUGAUAACAUUGAAAUUCAAGCAGGGGGAGCUAAUUGUUAAUGAAGGGGACAUGGCAAAUUCAUUUUACAUUAUCCAGAAAGGAAUUGUAUCGGUCACAAAGUAGGGAUAGUUCUUGAGAUACAUGAAUUAAGGAGACUCUUUUGGAGAAUAAGCCCUUUUUGGUAAUUGUGUAAGAGGAGCAACUGUGAAAGCCAAUGAGGAGGAUGUGAAUCUGUUAUCGUUGAGUAGGGAAGAUAUUACAACUAUUCUGGGAGAGAAGAUUCAGGUACCAUAAUUGCAUUUAUUUAGUUGAAUAGUUAAUCAUUUAUACAAAUAUGCAGAAAUGGGCAUUUGAAAAACAUCCCUAAUUAAGGGAUCUGACUAAGAUGUAAAUCUAAAAGAUAGUGUCAAACUUUAAGAUUAAGACUUAUGAAAGUAAAGAGUAUUUAUUCUCGAAAAAUCAAAUGAUAGACAAACUUAUUAUUAUUCUUGAUGGUUAAUUAGAGUUUGAUGGAUAACUAUAUAAUAAUGGUCAAUUAUUUGGGGACAAGUUCCUCCAAGUUGAGGAAUCCAAAAGAAAAAUUAGUUCAGAUAUCGUAACCACUCGCAAAACUACGUUAUCUGUACUUCCUUUUAAGUAGUUCUUUGAAUGCAUCGGAGGAGAAUUGGAAACUGUGGUCAAGAAAAACAAGGACAGGGCUGGUUCUUCAAGCUUGUUAGAGAAACGAUAGAAGAGCAAUUACUCUCUGCUCACCUUGGAUGAUUUCAUUGGAUUGGAACUUUUAGGAGAAGGCACAUUCGGAAAUGCUUAUUUGGUGAAGGACAUCCCUCAAUAAAAUUUGCAUGUCAUGAAAUGUAUUCCAAAAGUAAACAUUAUUGCAAACAAUACUGAAAGACAUAUGAAAAAUGAGAAACAAGUUUUGGAACUGUUGAAUCAUCCCAGUUUGGUCUGUUUUCAUAGAUCAUUUAAAGAUCAAAAUUACAUAUACUUAUUGACAGAGUACGUCAAGGGCAAAGAACUAUUUCAUGUUAUCAGAGAUCUCGGUUUGCUCAAUUCUUAUGAGACUCAAUUCUAUAUUGCUUAGAUGAUUAACAUUUUAGAGAAGCUUCACUCUUAUCACAUUAUAUACAGAGAUAUAAAGCCAGAGAAUUUUAUCGUAAUGGAAAACGGGUACUUAAAACUUAUAGAUAUGGGCACAGCCAAAGUCUUGAAGUCCAGGGCUUCGAAGACUUACACCAUUGUUGGCACACCUCAUUACAUGUCUCCUGAAAUCCUGAAAGGCAAAGGCUACACAUUCUCCACUGAUCUGUGGUCUUUGGGAAUUUGCUUUUUCGAAUUAAUGUGCGGAGAAGUUCCCUUUGCAGGCAAUGAAGAUGAUGACCCGUAUCAAUUAUUCUUAUUUAGAUACAUAAUCUAAGAAGCCAUUCUCAAUGGGCGAGUUGAGUACCCUUAGUUUUUGAAAGACUUUAAAGCCAUUAAACUGAUGGAUCAAUUGAUGAAUAGGACACCCGAGCUAAGAUUGGGCGGAUCAUAUGAUGCUCUCAAAGUUCAUUCUUGGUUUGAUGGAUUUUAGUGGGUAAAUUAAUGAUUCUAUAAUUUUAAAGGAAGAAUUAGAAAUGAUGGAAAUCAAGCCUCCACACAUUCCGAAACUUUAACAACUGAAUUAUUAGGAAAUUCCUUUCCUUGAAAUGAUAAAAAGAGAUACAUGUCCAGAAAUGAUCUGCACAGUGACAGUAGAUUGGGAUUAGGAAUUCUGAAAUAUAUUU